CCGCACGUGUAGAUUUUCCUUUGAAGAACCAUGUGAUUGAUAUGCACAAUUGCGACACGCUCGUGAUUUGGAUUAAUACGUCACGUUCCGUUUUGAUGAAGCAACGCGACGUGAACGCAAAUUCUAAUGUCCACAAUUCCAUUUGAUUCGCGAUAUGGCGUACGAUGGCAAAACGAGUGCGCUCGAGUUACACAUUAGAGUAAACGGGCAAAAUUUACCAGCAAACUCGGAAAAAUGUUCCGCCAACGCGUUACGGCUUCCCAACGAUCCGUCUUGGCCGAAAAUACCCGCGCGUCGUUUACUCAAUAACACUAACGACAUUAUUAAACCUCCGUAUGUAGUUACUUUGACAGGAACUCCCAGAAAAGGUCGCAGUGUAGUGCGAACCGUUACGUGUCAGCCUGCGAAAUCGAGUAAAAGAUGCGAAACGCACGUGCCGAAGAGAUUGCCCAGUUUCGUCGAUCCGCGUUUCAAACGACGGAUAACGCGCGAAGAGGCCGAGAAACCGGACGAAUCUUGCCUCGCAACAAAUGGGAAACAAAUGUCAGAUUGGAAUACUGAUGUUUCGCAAGAAAUCAAAGAACUUGACGAAGCGGAAAAGGAAAUACGGAAUAAAACCGCGCGAGAUUACGCGCUCCCGCACGAAGCAGAUAAGGACUUGGAAAGCGAUGCACAACCGGUGAGAGAAACCUCUGAUUACUCCGUUAAAGAACAGUGUAAUUUGGAAACACGUUACUGUUCGGCUUUGCAGCGCAACGAGCGACAGAAUCCCGAAGAAGACGGACUGUCUCAUCAACAAAAACAAGAAGCUAAUAGACUGCUUUUAAUGAUUGACGAGAAGACGCGAACGUUGCCCAUUAACGCGCUCAAUGUAGAACCUGCUCCCUCUUUAUCCGCGCUUUAUCAGCCACUGGCAAAUUACAGCAUACAAAUUCCUGUAGUCACUUAUCACAAUGUGCCUUUGCAAAUACCGAGUAUGUCCGCGCAAGUGCGCGAUGUGAGGAUCCCGUGCGAGUGCAUGAAAGAAAAACGAGAAGACAGCGUCGGAGACGUUUCGACACUGGCCAAGGAAUUUGAAGACAAUCCUCUUAAUGACAGUCGCCAACACAAGGUGAGAAACAGCGACGAGACUUUGGCGCGCGAGAACAUUAAUUCGAACGUGUCGUUAUUGAAUCAAGAUACUAUCAAAGACAACGCGAUCAAGAAUCAGCGUGGAAGCUUCGAUUCGACGGACAAUGCGAGAAACAAUCAACUGAAUUUAAGUGUCUCCGCGAGACCGGAACUAUUGACGUGUCAAGUAAAAGAUGAGCGAGUCGACACAGACGAAAUUGCGACGAACACAAUGAGCGAGAAAGCGUUGCCGAACGAUUUGCAGGAUUCCGACAAAGUUAACAGCAAAGAACGCAACGAGGAACCGCGCGAGAACGUGCGCGUUGGUCUGAAACGCAGAAAGUUGAAUCUGUCGAAGAAGGCGAAGUCGUUUCUUCGAAAGAAAUCACGUUUGGCGAUCGCCGAUUCCGAUUACACGCUGGUUAUGCCCGGUCCACGCGUCAGAAGUAAACAAUCUUACAAACUUUGCGGACGUUCGAAAAGCGGAAUAAACUCUCGUUCGUUGACGAAUGUCCAAGACGAAAACACGUUCGAGACACUGUCGUCGAUUCCUCUCGAGACUCAAGAACUGUUGAAAGAGAGUUAUUGGGAGUAUUACAGAGGACUCAGACGCAAAAUCGCGCUUAGUCAGAAGUCAGAAGUCGCGAGACGGGAGAAAGAACCUCAGGAAUGUUUGCCCGAGUCUCGAACGUUGCAACAAUGUUCCGUGCUGUCUUGCAAGAUUAACACGACGCUUCGGGAUCCGACGAUAGUCGACGAGAAGAAGUUGAUCUCGGUCUCGGCUGCGAAUUUAUUGCGAAGAAAAAGGAAACGAGCACUGAAGCGCACGCGAUUGCUCGUACUUAAAACUAUAGCAUUUCUCGGUAUCACGGUGUCCGUUGCGGUCAUAUUUCUGCCUAUGAUGUACGAGUAUUUUUUUGAGGAAGAACACGACGAAGACGAGAACUUGAGUUACAUCGAACUAACGAUGUGCUGCAUCACGUCGUUCCUUCAAGAAGCAUUCGGUGGAAUUUUCGACACGUUCAACACAUUUUUCUUACGUCCAGUAAGAUCUCAUCGAAAGUUCUAACGUUCUUCUCCCUCCUGUUUUUUUUUUUUUUCUAACGCAAAAACUUGUUAAAUUUUAUAGAGAGAAAAGGAUUUGCUUCUUUUUUUUUUUACAACAAAAAUUGCUACAAAUAUUCUGUGUGUCGUUUUCAGCGUUCGUGUGACAAACAAUGUAACGGCGCCAUUUGAAUUUGUAUCUUCGCGCGUUCUUAUUUGUGACGCGUGUUUCGUUAUUUACAUUUAUAUUGAUCUUUUUUCGACGUACGUGUUUUGGGCGUUUGUAUUUCGAUUUUCGUAUUGUACAUCAUCUACAUCGAAUUUUCUCCUUUGUUUUGUUUCUACUAAUACUACUUUUCUCACUCGCGCGUAUUGUGUAGUCUGAACGUUUACACGAUUGUAAUAUAUUUGCGAUUAAACUUUUAUUUUCAGUCUAAAUUGAACUUCGAUUUUGUGGCUUAAUUCUA